AUCUAUCAUCUACGUACUUCCUUUCUUCACAUAAACUACUGAGUAUUCUUAAGCAAGGAAUUUGCAUCGUCAGUACGUAUUCCUCUUAAUAAUUUAAUUUCAGAACCGCGUGCCAUGAAAUUCUCUCUCAUGCAGCCAUUCUCUAUUUUAUAUAUAAUGCUUCACUUUUUAUUCUUCAGAACACACACACCCACACUACACUGACACACACUCACCAUAGCUCCAUGCAGCUGAAGCUCGGAGGCGCCUCGGCGUUGCUGCACCGGCGGGAGCUGUAGAGGAUCAGUGGGAGGCGCUGAUCGAUCAACGAACGGCGAUGGCGGGGACGGCAAGGAAGCUGGUGGUGGAGGUGGUGGAGGCGCGGAACCUGCUGCCCAAGGACGGCACGGGCACGUCCAGCCCGUACGCGCGCGCCGACUUCGACGGGCAGCGCCGCAAGACGCGCACCGUGACGCGGGACCUCAACCCGGCGUGGAACGAGGCGCUCGAGUUCAACUUCCCGCCCGCCGGCGUAGGCGUCGACCCCGUCGUGGGGGAGCCGCUCGAGGUGGCCGUGCUCCACGACGUCCGCGUCGGGCCCAGCAGGCGGAACAACUUCCUCGGCCGCGUCCGCCUCGACGCGCGCCAGUUCGUGCGCAAGGGCGAGGAGGCGCUCAUCUACUUCCCGCUCGAGAAGAAGAGCUUCUUCAGCUGGGUGCGCGGCGACAUCGGGCUCAAGGUGUACUACGUCGAUGAGCCGCUCGCGCCGCCGGAGCCGGAGCCACCCGCCGCUGGUGACGCCGCUCCUGAUGCCGCGGCGGUGGAAGCAGUAGAACCAAGGCCGGCCGAUGCUACUGCUACGGCUUCAGCGGAUGAGACGACGAAGGCGGAGAAGCUGGUGGACGCAGCUCCGACGCCACCGCCGGAGGCGGCAGAGGCAGCUGCCGGGGAUGGAGCCACCACGGAGAAUCCACCGGAGGUUGACUCCGCAGCGGCGACCCCGGCGCCGGAAGAUGCACCCGAAAUGACAGCAGAGGCGGUGGCAGCAUCGGAGGAGAAGGCGCCGGAAGAGGAGCCGGUGCUGAGCCCUCCACCGCCGCCGACGCCAACACCGAUGCCGCGGCAGGUAUCGAUGCCUGUGCGCCGGCCGCCGCCGCCUCCACCGGAGGAGCCGAUGGAGCGGAGCAAGCACGAUCUGGUGGACAAGAUGCCGUACUUGUUCGUCCGGGUGGUGCGCGCGCGUGGGCUGCCCACCGGCGCGCACCCGCACGUGCGCGUGGCCGCCGGCGGCCACAACGCGUCCACGAGGGAGGCACGCCGCGGCGCCUUCUUCGAGUGGGACCAGACCUUCGCAUUUGUGCGCGAUCCGGCCACCGAUUCGCCGGGCCCCACGCUCGAGGUCUCCGUGUGGGACCUCCCGCCCGACGCCGACGUGUCCGUCGCCGACGAUCGCCACUUCCUCGGCGGCCUCUGCUUCGACACCGCCGACGUGCACGCGCGGGACCCGCCCGACGGGCAGCUCGCCACGCAGUGGUACAGGCUGGAAGGAGGGCGCCGUCUUGCCGGCGCCGACCUGAUGGUCGCCACUUGGGCGGGCACGCAGGCCGACGAGGCCUUCGCCGAGGCGUGGAAGGCGGACUCCCCGGCGUCGUCAUCGGCUGCCGCCUCCGCCGCGUCGCGUGCCAAGGUGUACGUCUCGCCUAAGCUCUGGCUCCUGCGCCUCACCGUCAUCGAGGCGCAGGACACGCUCACGGCGCCGCCGCCACGUGACGCCGGCAUCGCGGUGCGCGCCACGCUGGGAUUCCAGGCCCUCAAGACGCGCACCACACCGGUUGCACGCAACGGUGGGCCAGCGUGGAAUGAGGACCUGCUGUUCGUUGCUGCAGAGCCGUUCACCGAUGACGACUGCCUCGUCAUCUCCCUCGAGGUGCGGCACGGCAAGGAGGCCUUCCCCGUCGGCUCGGCCAGCAUCUCGCUGGCCACUGUCGAGCGGCGCGUCGACGACCGGAAGGUGGCGUCCAAGUGGCUCGACCUCCUCCCGUCCGACGAGGCCACGAAGAGAGUCGGCAAGAAGGCGGCCAUGCACAUGCACGGCGGCCGGCUGCACGUGCGCGUGUGCCUCGACGGUGGCUACCACGUCGCCGACGAGCCGCUGUACGCGAGCAGCGAUUUCCGGCCGUCGGCACGGCAGCUCUGGAACCCGCCCGUCGGUGUCGUGGAGCUCGGCAUCGUCGGGUGCAAGGGCCUCCUGCCGAUGCGCACCGCCGACGGCAAGGGCUGCACCGACGCAUACGCCGUGGCCAAGUACGGCCCCAAGUGGGCGCGCACGCGCACCAUCUCCGACAGCUUCGACCCGGCCUGGAACGAGCAGUACACGUGGCCAGUGUACGACCCCUGCACCGUGCUCACUGUCGGCGUGUUCGAUGACCCGCCGCCGGCGCAGCUUUCAGACGGCGGCGGCGUCCUUCCCGCCGCCGUGAGCUCGCGGCCGAUGGGGAAGGUUCGCAUACGGCUGUCCACGCUGGAGAGUGGCCGCGUUUACCGCGGCAUGUACCCGCUUAUCAUGAUGCUGCCCACCGGCGCGAAGCGGAUGGGCGACGUCGAGCUGGCCAUCCGCUUCGCCACGUCGGGGUCUACGCUCGACGUGCUGCACAUGUACGGCCGGCCGGCGCUGCCGGCGAUGCACCACCUGCGGCCCGUCCCGGCCGUGAACCGCGAGGCGCUGCGGCUGGCCACGGCGCGCAUCUCGGCGGCGCACCUGGCGCGGUCGGAGCCGCCGCUGCGGCGCGAGGUGGCGACGUGGAUGCUGGACGCCGCGGAGCCGCGUGGGUUCAGCAUGCGCAAGCUGCGCGCCAGCUGGAACCGCGCCGUGGCCGCGCUCUCGUGGGUCGCCGACGCGGCGCGGUGGGUGGAGGACACGCGGUCGUGGCGCAACCCGACGGCGACCGCGAUGGCGCACGCCGUGCUGGUCCUCCUUGCGUGGCACCCCGACCUCGUCGUGCCGACGGUCACGCUCCACGUCGCAGCCGUCGGCGUGUGGAAGUACAGGCGCAGGCCGCGCGCUCCGGCUCCGCACCCAUGCGUGCGCGCGUCCAUGGCGGAGGUGCCGGACAGGGAGGAGCUGGACGAGGAGUUCGACACGAUACCGAGCGCGAGACCGCCGGAGGUUGUGCGGGUGCGGUACGACCGCGCUAGGAUGGUCGGCGCACGGCUGCAGACGAUGGUCGGCGACGUCGCGACGCAGGCGGAGAGGCUGCAGGCGCUCGUGUCGUGGCGCGACCCGCGCGCCACCGGGAUGUUCGUCGCGCUGUGCGUCCUCGUGGCCAUGGUGCUGUACAUGGUGCCGAUCAAGAUGGUGGCCGUAGUCGCUGGGUUCUACUACCUCCGGCACCCGAUGUUCCGAGACCAGAUGCCGGCGCCGGUGAUCAACUUCUUCCGACGGCUGCCUUCCAUGUCUGAACGAAUCAUUUAGGAGCAAGCAAGCAGUGGCAAUCUGGAAUGAGUGGCAUUGCCCAAAGGCCGGCGCCAACGGCUGGAGAGGCGAGAAAUUUGAAUGACGUAAUGGAGUAAUAUGCAGGUGCAGUUGUAAUCUGUCGUAGCAACAUGUUAAGAACUUCUCAUUUAAUUUCUAUGCUAUAACAUAAUAAAGCAACGUAUCUUUCAGUGUAAAAGAAUUAUGCUUGGUUUUUAAAUCCUUCGUUCGUAAAUUUGGAUGGAAUCCAGUUUAGUGAUUCAAUGUCAUUGAUGCACAUGAGUUAGAAGACGGCAAUUUGUUGGAAACAAAUAAGAGUGAGCAGGCAAACUUGUAAACAAACUUCAUCGCAUAGAUUGGAUUGCAA